AUGGAUAUCGAUACCCACCGACUUUGUCGGGGUUGUAUUGGGAUUCGCGAGGGAGCCAAAGUCCACAAGGAGAUAUUGUCUUUAUCCCAUCCACCUAUUGCCACCUUCUACGAUCCAGCUUCUCUUGUCUAUCCACCACAAAGCCAGGCCCGGCGCGUCUGGGCCGAGCUGCUCAGGAUUGCGGUCGGAUUAGGCCUCGAUAAUGAGCUGUUCCUGUAUGUCGAGACCCACAUAAAGAGCAUCCUGGGAAACCACCUUGAGAAAGGUGCAGCCGCAGCCUACCUCGCGAACGCCUUAGAGCUGGCGGCCACCGUUUCAGCAACAGCGGGCUCACCGUUGCCAAUUGUCGGUGGGCUUGGGGAUGCAGCGGUACGGGCUAUCCGGUUGAUCAAGGGAAACCUUACCGCUUCCUCCGAUGGUGCGGAUGAUGCCGAUUGCUUGGCCAUGGCGAUUGGAUUCAUGGCUACCUUGUCCUCGCUGAAAGGGAGGUUGAGCAAUGUCGAUCUUGAACGCAUCCUGAGCCUUCUUCGGCGAGUGGGGCUGCGCAUCUACGAUGCAGAACUCCAGGCCGGUGCGCUAUGGGAACACAUGGUGCCCGCAAACCCAAUCGAAAGAAUGAGGGAAGGAUCGGCAACUGAACGCCUCUUUCCGGCAGGUUCCGGAAAGGGUACUGUGUUGUUCAGUGCGGCGAACGCCUCCCGGGCCGACUUUAGCACGGCCUUGUCGGUUCUCCGUGACUAUUACCAUGCCGAUGAACCAGCAGCCAGUGGAACUUUGACCAACGGGCAGAUAGCCGUUGACGCUUCUUAUGUGGAUACAACAAGAGCAACAGCAGCUCGACCCAGUGCCUGGAGAGUACAUAAACAGAUCAUGUCAGCAGAUGUCCAAUAUCGCAUUGCCUCCGUCUCGCAGCUAUUUGACAAGAGCAACCCGACACUCAUUCAAAGCUACUGCAAGUCCCAUGAUACCACUUCUUGCAAGAAGAACAUCCUGGUUGUGGUAGACAGCUUUUCAAACGACAUUGUUUCUAUGGUCCGUGGGUACUUUGAGAGUCAUAGCGCUACCAUCGGUGACUUUCGUGUCCUUCCUAUGCACAUUCCCAGCACAGAAAAGGACAUGAAAGCUGUUCUUACGGUCGUUGACGCUGCCGUGCAACGUACGAGAACACUUUGCCCCAGGGCUUUUCUUCUACAGGUCAGAGAAGAGUUUCUCCAAGCUAAAUUCUAG